AACCAGAAGAAAGAGGAAGAGGAAGAAGGGGAGGAGGAAGAGGAAGCAAAUGGAUUCGAGCAGAUUACGUUCCAUUUCUGGCAGAAGAAGAUAGACCAGAGGCCAGAGCCCCACCCCAUCUUGUCGGCUUCCGACAACACCCCCCCCCCCCCCCCUCUUCCUCUUCUUGAAUUUUCCUUUUUUUUAUUUUUUCUUUUUUUUUUUUAUCUUCUUCUUCUUGUCCCCGGUCGGUUCCUGCUGGGUUCGGCCUCCCCCUGCUCCUCCAGCCUCUUCUGCGCCUUCCCGUGUCGUCGUCGUGAUCGUGUCCUCCCACCGCCGUGUCGUGUCGUGUCGUGACGUGAACCCUUCUCCCUCCCCUCCAAAUGGCUCCUCCGUCCGUGGCGGCUUCGCUCCUCCUCGUCUGCAUCGGCGCGCUGUCUCCCCUCCUGGCGCGGCUCGCGUCGUCGGAACCGGCCCCCGUUUGCCCCCGGGAGUCUCCUCCUUUCUUGAUUGGCUUGCAAUCGCGGUGCUCCGGCUCGAUCUCGCCUUCUCCGCCUCUCCAGGUGGAUGGGAACUUCCUCGAUAGUUUUUUGAUGUCCAAACAGCAUAGUGGAUAUACUACUGUACUUUUCUAUGCUUCAUCAUGCCCGUUUUCGCAGUCUAUAUGGCCUAUGUACGAAGCCCUUAGCUCCAUGUUCCCUCAAAUAGAUCAUUUGGCAGUCGAGCAAUCUUCAGCUAUGCCAAGUGUAUUUUCAAUAUAUGGGAUCCAUAGUUUGCCAUCUAUAUUAUUGGUGAAUCAAACUUCGAGGUUGCGAUACCAUGGUCCAAAAACUCUCGACUCUAUUGUGGAAUUUUACGAGACAAACACAGGCCUUCAACCUGUACAAUCCGUCAUGGUAGAGCAGCCAGCUGGUCUUCAGACUGGCAAAAGUUCCAGAGCACAUUUCAAGGAUGUGCUGUCGAUGAAGAACAUAAACAGGGAACCGUAUCUGGCUCUCUCGCUGCUGUUUUCUUGUUUGAGAUUACUCAUGGCCAUAUUCCCUAGAGUUGUGUCACGUUUGAAAGCUUUCUGUGUCUCGUAUGUUCCUCAUCUGAACUUGGAAAUAUUUGGCGAGGCAACUCAGUUAUUGGGGCGUGCGGUUCAUGCUAUUGACGUGAGGAGGAUUUGGACAAAGGUGAGACUUGGCAAAGCCAGGAGCUUUCACGAAAGGGCAAGGAGCGCCCGGGUUUGGGCUUCUUCUCUGGCUUCUGUCUCGUUGGGCGAAUCCUCAUCGGCUAAAUCAUCAUCUCCUUAAAACGGCUGAAUUCGUGCCUCCAUAUGCCAGAGGGUGGUCGAGAAAUCUAACUAGAAUGCUACAAACUACUUAUUAGAUGCUCUGCGACAGGUUGUUUCACUCUCACACUUUUGAUGUAAUAUCUGUAAGUGGAGUGGAGAUUUUAAUGUUAGAAUACUCCAAAUAGCCGAAAGCUGUUUUCCUUGUUUUGCCCCUUCUUUGUUUUUUCUUGGGAGGAACCAGCGGAGCAUUGUAUAUCUGAGAACAGCUUUGUCUUUUGUGUAUAUGAUUUUCCCUUUCGAAUCA